UCUACACUCUACACACUCUACGACCCAGAGCAGCUGCUGGAAACUCUCCAGGCAAAAUGAAGAAACUGUUUUUAAUCCUCCUGUUGGCUGGACUGGCCUGUGAAACUUACCAGAGGGUGAUCCGGAGCGCCGAAGAUGACCAGGGCGACCAAGGAGGGAACCAAGAUGACAAUAAUGAUGAAGAGAGGGAAAACGAAGAAGAUGGAAACGACGAAGACAAAGGCAACGAUGGCGGUGACGACGACGACGAAGACGACGAUGGCGAAGACAAAGACAAUGAUGACGAAGACGAUGAUGAUGAUGAAGACGACGAUGGCGAAGACAAAGACAAUGAUGACGAAGACGACGAUGAUGAUGAAGACGAUGAUGGCGAAGACAAAGACAAUGAUGACGAAGACGAUGAUGAUGAUGAAGACGACGAUGGCGAAGACAAAGACAAUGAUGACGAAGACGAUGAUGAUGAUGAAGACGAUGAUGGCGGCGACGACGAUCACGAUGACAAAGACGAUGAUGGCGGCGACGACGAUCACGAUGACGAAGACGAUGGACACCAUGGUGAUGGGAGCAGCGACAGCACCUCUGACAGCGGCACAGGUAGCUCCAGCAGAGAUAGCGAGCAUGGCAGCGACAGCAGUGACGAUAGCAGCGAAGAGGGGUCGGACAGCGACAGCAGCGAGGAAGAGUGCUAUCAUGACACGGACGACGACUCGAGCGAAAGUAACCAGAAGAACGAUGAAGAAGAUGGCAACAACGGGAAAGACAACCAAGGCAAAAGUUACGGGCCCAAUGAGAAUUACGACAUCAAUGAAGAGGAGCACGACAACACCGAGGAGGCACCUGCUGACAGUUCGAGCGAUGGAACCAAAGACGAAGAGGGGGAUGCCGAGGGGGACACCAACGGGGGAUGGAACCAAAGACGAAGAGGGGAUGCCGAGGGGACACCAACGGCGGCUCUGAUCACGGUUCGCGCGAUGGAACCAAAGACGAAGAGGGGGAUGCCGAGGGGGACACCAACGGCGGCUCUGAUCACGGUUCGCGCGAUGGAACCAAAGACGAAGAGGGGGAUGCCGAGGGGGACACCAACGGCGGCUCUGAUCACGGUUCGCGCGAUGGAACCAAAGACGAAGAGGGGGAUGCCGAGGGGGACACCAACGGCGGCUCUGAUCACGGUUCGAGCGAUGGAACCAAAGACGAAGAGGGGGAUGCCGAGAGCAACUCAGGUGGCAGUGCGAAGAACCCUGAACCUCCAAGUGACAAUGGCAGCGCAAAACCAGCAAAAGGGUCAAGUAAGGCUGGAAAAUAAGACAUUCAAAUGA